AUGGUGUGCUACUAUGACGAACUGCGGCAUCAUAAAGAGUCUGAAAAUGCAGCAAGAGCUGUAUGCUACACGCAGGAUGGGUCCGUUCUGGCGAUGAGUGAUGGUGAAAGAAUCAGUAUACGCAAUGGUGAUGAUAAUGUUGAGUUUGCCUCAAUUGCUCACAAGGAUGUUUCUAAGUUGGCGAUUUCACCAGACGCGAAAUAUGUUUGUACAUUUGUGCCAUUUAGAAAAACUCCUGAGUAUCCGCAAGGUCGACCUAAUCUGCUUGUUUUUGAGGUUGCAUCACGCGAAAUGAUCGAUUCUCGCGUUCAUACUCUAUCGGAAACAUGGCGUCCGCAGUGGUCUCUCGACAGCAAUCUGUGUGUUCGUGUUUGGCAGGGCGAGAUACAAUUCUAUGUUGAUAACAAUCUUGGCGGAAAGCCAGCAAAGCGACUGACAUUGAAAGGCAUGCGACACUGCUCGCUUUCCAAAUCGCCGAGGAAUCGCCAUCUCGCUGUCUAUACUCCUGGUGAAAAGAGCACACCUGCAACGGUAUACAUCUAUGCGUGGCGAAACGGGGAUUGCGUUCCUGUAGCUAACAAGUCUUUCUUCCGCGCUGACACCGUCUCCUUUCACUGGAGUGAUAUUGGCACAAGCCUGCUUGUUCUCACUUCUACUAAGAUGAGUGAGAAUAGCUACUAUGGCGAGCAAAUGCUUCACUUUCUGACCACCACGAAGAGUGGCGAUUCAGCUACCGUACCAAUGCCUCGAUCGGGUCCGAUUCACCAGGUCCUCUGGCGUCCCUCGGGAGGGUUACAUGACAGGCCCUCGGAUGAACAGUUUGUCAUCUGUCAGGGAUCUCUGCCCUCCUCAGUCCUGGUCUUCAAUAUCAAAUGCGAAAAGCUCUACUCCCUGGGUACAGGCCCAUGGAAUCAGGUCUACUUCAACCCUCAGGGGAGCCUCCUACUAGCCGGAGGUUUUGGCAGUCUGGACGGUAGUGUGACAGUGUGGGACUACAAGAGCCAACAUCGUAUCUGUGAGUUCUCCGCACGCAACACCACCUACCUAUCAUGGUUGCCAGAUGGAGAACACAUUGUCACUGCUACGACAACUCCACGACUCCGGAUCGAUAAUGGAUGGACCGUCUGGCACUUCACAGGUCGUCCAGUAGCGCACGAGACAGUGGAAAAGCGUGCCAAUCCACGACCCGCAACAGUGGACCUGCCCGCAGCCACAGAACACGAGUUAUAUCAGGUUCUGCCUCGUCCAAUGCCACUUGACCGACUACCUCCGCCUCCUGCGUUGCCCACCGGCUGGGCGGCCAAUGGCAAGUCAGCUGCUCAGGCAAGGAACUUUAGAAUUCCCUUCUUCUGCGAUUUGAUAAUUCUUGACCUACCAGGGCUGCCAGCAGUGCGUCUGGAGAAACCGAAGGCCUAUGUACCGCCGUCGCUACGAAAUCGCUCCGCUACCGCCAUCCACGCCGCCAACGUAGCUUCCGGCCGGUCUAAUCGUGACCUCCACUCUGCUACGCACCUUGCUUUCACGUUAGAUUCCGGUACCUCAGCCACCGCCUCCCAUGGCCCCAUUGGAGGUGUGGCCGUUGAGUCUGGAGCCUCCAAACAAGGAGGCAAGAGGAAGAAAAAGGGUGGUGAUAGUGGUGGCGGAAAUCAACGUGCCGAGGUCCCACAGCCUCUGCCCAAUCAGAAGCAGAUCAACUUCCUCAAGAAGAAACUGGGCGAAAUUGAAAAGCUGAAGGCGCUUCAGAAGACCACGAAACUGGAAAACACGCAGCUGGAGAAGAUAGCGAGGGAGGAGGGUCUGCGACGCGAACUAGAGCAGCUAGAGCUUUUUGUGUUGCCUUCUGAGGUGCUUAAUGCCCACUUCGGUCCUUUUUUCAGCGCCAUGACCGUAUCAACUGUUCGAAUGAGGCGAUACAACUUUACCCUGCCAAAGUCGGUGAACACACCGGGACCUCUGACCGAACGCGGAAUUCAGGGCUUUGUCACCUACAUCUUGUCUUGGUGGUGGGCAAUAAUCAUUCCGUGGAGCCUCCUAGUAGCCCUGUUUGGUGGUGUCGGUAUCUACCUCUGGAUGAAUCGCUAUCUUGUCCAUCCUCUCUCCUCCAUCAACCUCGUCUGUGACGCCACUAAUUCGGAACUAGGUCUUCUCCUUCGAAAAGACGACAGCGAAGAGGACAGGCAAUUAUUUGAGUCGCAUCAGCAGAGGUAUGCCUUCAUACCGGAUGGAGGUGUGAUGCCACCCACCCUUGAUCUCAGCCUUGACUGGGUCAAUAAACAACUCUACCUUCGUUCACAGGGUUAUUCCAUCUAA